AUGCCGGAGUUAACUUCCAAGGGAGCUACCGUUUCCAAGAAGGGCUUCAAGAAAGCGCCGACGAAAGCUCCGAAGGAGGGGAAGAAACGCAAGAGAUCCCGCAAAGAGAGUUACUCCGUUUAUAUCUACAAGGUGCUGAAGCAGGUCCACCCGGAGACGGGAAUCUCUUCCAAGGCCAUGUGUAUCAUGAAUUCCUUUGUGACCGAUAUUUUCGAACGCAUGGCCGGUGAAGCGUCCCGCCUGGCGCGUUACAACAACCAACCAACCAUCACGUCCCGGGAGAUCCAGACGGCCGUGUGCCUGCUGCUGCCCGGGGAGCUGGCCAAGCACGCCAUGUCCGAGGGCACCAAGGCCGUCACCAAGUAUACCAGCGCCAAGUAA